GUAGAUCUGAUGUAUUUGUCAGGCAGGUUAAGCAUCGGGUAUUAUGUAAAGGAAGAUGAUCCAAAAUAAACCUGACGAAGAUGACUAUUGGAACAAUUCAAAGUUUAAGGCCUUCACGUUUGAGGAUGAGGAUGAUGAAUUCUCCCAGCUGAAGGAGUCGAAGAGGGCUGUGAACAGCAUCUUUGUGGCCGAUGAUGAUGAUGAAGAUGAUGAUGACGUGGAGAAGGUCAGCUGGAGUGGAGAGCCAGUGGGAAGUAUCACCUGGUCCAUCAGAGAGACUGCUUCCACUAACAGGAUGACAGGAGAAGAGCGAGAUUAUGGAUUCCCAAAGACUGAGACCACAGCCCAGAUUCCCUCCUUGCCCAAACAAGGAUCCAGUUAUUCCUUAAGCAGCUUAUUUAAAGGACGGAGCAAACUUGGGAAUUUCCAGGUACUUUCGGAUUGUAUUCACUGGGUACCCGUGGGUUACCGGCCUGGAGCUACCAACAACCCCUCUGUUAGAAGUUUUGCCCCAGAGCUGCGAAAACCAAAGUCUGAAUACAAGGACUACAUUAGUGACUGGAGUCCGGAAGAUACAGUCAGAAGGAUGCAAAAGGGCAAGCCGUACUCUCUUGAGAGUUUCCGCUCCCUGAAGGAUAAGCUGCUGCUCCUGGAUGAAGCCGUCCAAGUACACGACGGCAACAUCAUCACAGCUGUUUUAAUUUUUUUGAAGAGAUCGUUAAGUAAAGAAAUCCUGUUUCGGGAGUUGGUGUCAAGACAAAUCGCACUGCAGCAUUUUAUCCACUUUCUGAAGGAAGCAGGAGAACAAAUACUACUUCUGGAACUGCUUAAGACCCUAGGAAGGACAGAAGAUAUGGCUCUGUUACAGUACAGGGAGCAUUUGAAUAUCCAAGAUGAAGUCCAAAGAAAAGACUUCCUGAAAGGCUGCAUUAGUCUCCCUUUUUCAGUGGAUGAUGCCAGUCACGUUCAGGAUCACUACACGUUACUGGAGAGACAGAUCAUUGUAGAAGUGAAUGACAAACACUUGGAGAGAGCCGGACAGACAGAGAUAUUCAAGAAAUACCCCAGAAAAGCUUCCAUAUUAAACAUGCCCAUCAUAACCACACUCUAUUACUCCUGCUUUUACCAUUACGGGGAAUCUGAAGGAAUGUACAGCAGCCCUACAAACAUCAAAAAAACUUUCAAGAUUUCAGACAAACAGUAUUUAUUAGCAGCACUGGGAGCCAGAGCUAAACUGAAAGCAUGGAAAGAUGUGGACACCCUGUUUACUACAAAGAACUGGCUGGGUUACACAAAGAAAAAAACCCCAAUAGGAUUUCACAGAGUUGCUGACAUUCUGCAUAAAAACAAUGCACCAGUGCAGGUGCUUCAGGAGUAUGUGUGUUUAGUGGAUGACAUGGACCUGAAGUUAAAUCUAGCAUUGAAGUACAAGUGCCACGACGUUAUCAUUGAUACAUACAAAGACAUGAAGGACCGUCAUCAGUUGAUGUUGUACAGGUGCAAAGUAGACAGAAGCUCCCCGGAAGAGAGGAAGAUUGAUGACAUCCUUAGCAACACACAAAUCCGAUGGAAAAACUGACACCGUGCAGUGGGAAGACUGGACUGAAUUGAUUGCAGGGACACUGAUACUUGCUAACACCAAUGAAUAUACUGUACAUUCCGUGACGAUGCGACGAUUUUAUUAAUAAAGUUAAAAAGUAUUCACUAA